GAAGUGGGAGGGCGCGCGCUGGCGCGUCAGCGUGAGCGGGGCCGAGGGCUCGAGCGAGCGAGCGAGCGAUCAACGAACGGCCAGAAAAUAAAACAUUCACCCGGACUGAAAAAUAACAGUCAAAACUCCGCGGCAAGCCUCGCUGAACGGAGCGGGGGGAGGGCUUGUGGCGAGCAGGAAAAAUUCCAUAUCUAGCAUCUUGCUGUCAUUAUUUACUGGCACAGAUGGAUAGCCUGGCAGACUUUUGAAGCAUUACAAAGACUUAAUAUUGGAUUGUCGUAAAACAGCUCAAUGAGAUUCCAGAAGUUGUCCAUCUUUGUCUUUACACGUUAACACUGGCUGCAAUUAAAAGAUCUUAGACCAUGUCAGUAUGGAUUCAGGCCCAGCAGCUUCAAGGCGAAGCUCUGCGUCAGAUGCAGUCCUUGUAUGGGCAACAUUUUCCAAUUGAAGUUCGGCAUUAUUUAUCACAAUGGAUUGAAAGCCAGGCAUGGGACUCUAUAGACCUGGAGAAUCCACAAGAUGAAUAUCGAGCACAGAGGUUGCUUGAGACAUUAAUACAAGAGUUACAGAAGAAAGCUGAUCAUCUAAUGGGUGAAGAUGUUUUCGUACUAAAGUUGAAAUUAGGGAAUUAUGCCACACAGUUAAAGAAUACUUAUGAUCGUUGUCCACUGGAACUGGUUCGAUCAAUCAAACACAUUUUGUACCAUGAGCAGAGACUAAUUAGGGAAGCUACAAAUCCAAGUUCACCUGUAGGUUUACUGGAUUCCAUGUCUCAAAAACACCUACAAAUAAACCAGACAUUUGAGGAGCUAAGAUUAAUGACUCAAGAUACUGAGAAUGAACUACGAAAGCUUCAGCACACCCAAGAAUACUUUAUCAUUCAAUAUCAAGAGAGUUUACGGAUACAAGCUCAGCUUGCUCAACUUGCACAGCUAAGUCCACAGGACCAGAAUCGUAUCCUGCGAGAGCAAAGCUUGCAACAAAAGCGGACGUCUUUGGAGGGUUGGUUACAGCGAGAAGCGCAGACACUACAGCAAUACAGACUGGAUCUAGCUGAGAAACACCAAAAGACAUUGCAGUUACUUCGUAAACUCCAGACAAUUAUUUUAGAUGAUGAAUUAAUUCAGUGGAAACGUCGACAGCAGUUAGCUGGGAAUGGUGGUCAGUCUGAAGGAGGUUUGGACGUUCUUCAGUCAUGGUGUGAGAAAUUAGCAGAGACAAUAUGGCAGAAUCGUCAGCAGAUCAGGCGAGCUGAACACCAAAGACAACAGCUUCCCAUCCCAGGCCCAGUGGAGGAGUUACUUACAGAACUCAAUGCAACAAUUACAGAUGUAAUAUCUGCACUAGUUACAAGCACCUUUAUUAUUGAAAAACAGCCCCCUCAGGUUUUGAAGACUCAGACAAAGUUUGCUGCCACUGUACGUUUAUUAGUUGGUGGAAAGCUUAAUGUACACAUGAAUCCACCACAAGUGAAAGCGACUAUUAUCAGUGAACAGCAAGCAAAAGCACUUCUGAAAAAUGAAAAUACAAGAAAUGAUAGCAGUGGUGAAAUAUUAAAUAACUGUUGCGUUAUGGAGUACCAUCAAGCGACAGGAACCUUAAGUGCCAACUUUAGAAAUAUGUCUUUGAAACGAAUCAAGCGUUCUGACCGACGUGGAGCAGAAUCGGUCACAGAAGAAAAAUUCACCAUUCUUUUUGAAUCACAAUUCAGUGUUGGUGGAAAUGAACUAGUUUUUCAAGUUAAGACUUUGUCGCUUCCGGUGGUAGUGAUAGUUCAUGGUAGCCAAGACAACAAUGCCACUGCCACUGUACUCUGGGAUAAUGCAUUUGCAGAGCCAGGUAGAGUACCAUUUGUAGUGCCUGAUAAAGUACUCUGGCCACAGUUAUGUGAAGCCCUCAAUAUGAAAUUCAAAGCGGAGGUUCAGAGCAACAGAGGAUUAUCGGAAGAAAAUCUUGUUUUCCUGGCUCAGAAAGCGUUCAGUAGUUCGGCUAUACAUGCAGAUGAUUACAGUAAUAUGACCAUCUCCUGGUCUCAGUUUAAUAGGGAAAGUUUACCUGGUCGAAAUUUCACAUUCUGGCAAUGGUUUGAUGGAGUUAUGGAGCUGACAAAAAAGCAUCUGAAGCCUCAUUGGAAUGAUGGGGCGAUUUUGGGGUUUGUAAACAAACAACAGGCACAAGACAUGCUGCUUUCGAAGCCUAAUGGAACCUUUCUGCUGCGGUUCAGUGAUUCGGAGAUUGGAGGGAUUACAAUAGCGUGGGUGGCAGAUAAUCCCAACAAAGCAGGAGAAAGGAUGGUUUGGAAUCUACUUCCGUAUACAACCAAAGAUUUUUCAAUUCGAUCUCUGGCAGAUCGCAUCAGUGAUCUCAAUCAUUUGCUGUAUUUAUAUCCAGACAGACCCAAAGACGAUGUGUUUUCUAAAUAUUAUACGCCACCUUUAUCAAAAGCAGUAGAUGGAUACGUAAAACCACAAAUCAAGCAGGUGGUUCCAGAAUUUGCUACAGCAUCAUCGGAUGCAGCGUCAGCAAGUAGCACCUACAUGGAUCCAGCAGCAUCACCUGCGGUUUGUCAUCAGCCACAAUAUCCCCUCUACUCACAGAACCCAGACAGCAUGCUUGAUCCUGAUGGUGAUUUUGACCUGGAUGAUACAAUGGACGUUGCCAGACAUGUGGAGGAGCUUUUGCGCAGACCAAUGGAUAAUCAGUGGCUUCCUCAUCAAUCAACAUGAUUUGCCAACCCCACCUCAGAGAAUAUUGUUUCUUAUGGUUUCAUUCCAUAAGUUGCUUCAUUUCCAAAUCGUUCAUAAUGUGAAAUGUUAAUAUUGCUAGUGAAUCUAAUAUUUUUGUGCAUGUCGAAGCUGUGCAAAUGUUUUUAAAUGUCCCGAUUGCUUGGAGGAAGGCUGCAGUUUUGGAGACUGCAAUUAUAGUUAUUUUCUGUUGUACAAAAUGCAAGUUGCUAUUUGCAUGGUUUUUAUUUACACUUUCGGAAUUUUAGUUUUUGGUAAAUAGUUUUAAUUUGUAUUUUAGGGUGCCAAGGAAAAUGCCUAAUUAAGUCCCAAUGGAAUCAUUGUUCUUGCUAUGGUCAAAGCUAUUUUAUUUGUGCGCGGAUACUACUUUUCAAUCAUUUACCAACAUCAUUCUUUACAUGGUUUAUUGGAAAUUGUUACUCAGUUUUUGAUGGAAGCUUUGAGCAUUGGUUCAUCUUUAGCACAGAAGGGCCACACUUACAACGAUUUUGCUCUUUUUUUAAAUGGACACAAUGACAUGUCCGUGACAUAAUGAGGAGGUAUUUGGGAGGGAUAGUUUAUGAUGUAUAUUUUUGUAUCCCUGAACCAUUUGUUCAUAAUUGUAUGUUGUUUCCAUAAUAACAUAAGAAUUGAAGAAGGUUUUAAAAAAGAUGAUUAUAUAUUUGACCUCUUUCAUAGAAGGUUUCAAAACAAAAAAUAAUCACACAGUUGACCUCUUUCAGAAUCAAGACAAUUUUAUUACAUAAUUCUAGGCCAUGUUUUUGUUUUAAAGUGCAUGCAUUUGGAUUGGCAUAGCUGCCAAGUUUUUUUGAAUGUUGCAAAAUCAAGGCAUAUAUGUACUCUUAAGAUAACUAGUUUGUGCUCUAUCAUUUUUUGGCAAGAUUAAGUACUUGCUGGAUUUGGUAAUUAAAGCUAGUUAUUUGGAAUAUUUAAAAUUAUUUGCAGAUGUCAGAGAAGCUUGACAAAGUGACGUUGAAUCAUGUAAGAGAAGUGUUGUCCAUACAGGCCUACUUGAAGAUAGUAUCUUUUACUUUGUUUGCCUUUCUGCCUGCAUGGAAGACACAUCUUCUAUUUGAUGUAAUGCUUAGCCAAUAUGCCAUGCUGAGGUCGACUGUACUCAAUGUCGUGAUCUGUGUAUUGUGAGUAACAAGGAAGAUGUUUUAAACGUCAGAAACGUUUUAAUGCAUUCAGACCUAUAGGCGAUGUCACAUUAUGAGUAAAAACAGCCAGACUUGGUUCUGAGAUGCCUUAAUAAGCUGUAGAGUAAAUUGAUGCAGUUAAUUGAGAAUAUUUAAAAACUUCAGUGUGCGUUCUUGGAUGUGACUUGUCCCUGUUCCUCGUGUUGGCAAUAGUCAGGCAUAAAUUGGCAACAACAACUAUUUGUUUCAGCAAAAACCCUUUGAAUGGGACCACCCCUCUAGGUAAUGGGUAAAGGGAAUUUCUUCAAUUAUUUGUUUUUAAACAACCACUAUUGUUGUGUGCAGGGACUGAUGCAGUGUUUGUUUCCUUAAAGGGGUGCCCAUUCUGAUUUUGGCCAUUAUCAUUUAUUUAGGAAUGCCAGGUUCAGCCUAAUAGCCACAUGCAAAAUGGAGAGGAUAAAAACAAUGAAGAUGUUUACAUUUAAAAUUACAAAUAUGCUUAUCCGUAUUUAAAAAAUAUCAAUUAUUCUCGCUGCUUCUGUUCAUUGUUUAUGUUGUUCAUAUGCCCGGGCCUACUGAGAUGUAGCAAAUUUAAAUUUAGUUACAUUACAUUUGAUUAUCUUUAAUGUAGACAAAACUAACAAAAGACCAGUUCAUUGUUACUGCCAAACUUGUUUCUAGUUCUGAUACAAUUAUGGGCUUGUACAUAUUAUGGUGAAAACAUUUCUUCAGGAUUCUAUCUCAUAUCACAGGAGUUUGCUAAAUGUUGUACAUAAGGAGAAGUCAUGUUUCCAUUCCUCUAAAUUCUGGUAGGUAUGUUCACGCUUUCUGGCAUUUUUGUUAAAAAAUCAAGCUAUAUCUUCCCACAUUCUGCCAUAUCUUUAUUCUCUGAAAAUUCCUCAUCCAGACUUCAGUGGUAACAUUGUGUCAAAUUAGUUCCUAAUGCAUCUUGGAGGCUGAUUUGACUUGGAUGCAGUCUUACAUUAAAGCACUUUUCUGUAGUGUUGGCCAGUAGUGCAGGAUACAUUUCAUUAUUCUUUCAUGAUAUCAAAAAGCACCGCAGGUGUGAAUUCUGUUUAGGCAGAAAUGUGGUGCAUUCUCUUCAGAUUGUACGGGUAACUUAGCAGUUUGCAAUUUCUCAGAUCUAGGCCAUCAGUCCAUAUCUCUCAAUUCAAUGACACAGGAGGAGCAUUCAAGAUUGAUAACUUUUGAGUGAAGGAAAGAUCACCUCUGGAACUGGGAAGAUGAUUUAUCACAGUGUAAUGAGAGCAGUUAUUCUCAAUCUAAAAUUUGUUACAUUGGAUGUAAACGCACGUUUCAGCUGAAACUUGUGUUCAUCAUUAAUUGUGUUCACAAGAAACUUGUGUUCAUCGUGAAUUGCAAAGAAUCUUAUUGUGCAAUUAUCAUUCAGGUUUGGGUGAAGUUACAAUGUCUGAAUAUGACCAUCAGCCUUUCGAGAAUUGUCAGAUUUAACUGUGUCUGUGUCUAUAACACAGCUUGGUAGUUUGCGGAGUGAGAAGCUUUUUCUGGUGCAGAGACUGAAGCUUUACAUUAAUCAAAUGUAUCUUCAAAGCGAGGCAUCAUUCAAUAUGAUUGCAAAAAUAAUUGUUCUCAAUCAUUUGCAGUUCCCUGCUUCUUCUCUUAAAUAGAGAUCUAUUGAAUGUAGCGUCCUGAGUAUUAACCAAACUGAAGCUGAUAUUCAAUGCACGUCAGUGGCUGCUUCAUAAGCAAACGUCGUGGAAUAUCUCAGUUGGAUUUUGCUGAUAAAUGCCAAAUGCAAAAGACCUGAUCUUAGCAAAAACUUGUCUGCAUCUUUCCAAUUUGUCCAUUGCUCGAUUACCUCUGGAUAAAGUGCUUGUGUUGUAUUUUCCCAUGAUUCACCAAAUUAGCUUGUGAAUCUAGUACCAGGAUAGACUUGACACAGGUCCCCAGUGAGCUCAAUGGUGAUUGUAGGGAAAAAUAUAUGUUUCCUUUUAAAUUAUUUUUGGUUUGUCUAAUGCCUUUAUUUAAAGGUGUUUCUUUUUAGUUGAGUUCCCCCUUUUAUUUUUUAUUUCAAUUUUUAAUAGGUCUAAAACAUAACUGAACAAUCAGGAACAUUUUUAAAAUCUUGUUGUCUUGCAGCUGGCAAAGCUUUGGGCUGGGAGGGGUAGGAAUUUCCCACCUGUCAAAGGCAAUCGCAUGAAUUUCUGAGAAGAAAUAUCUCCAUGGUGGUAUUCUUAAGCCAUGUUGCUGCUGUGGCUGCAUCGCUGUAUUCUGGGAAGCUUUGAGCCCGCGUGUCCCAAUUAGGCAAGUCUGGAAAGCAGCAAUAGCAGCUGGCAAGUCGGCGAUAGCAAAAUCCAGGUUAAUAUAAUCGCCAAACAUUGUAACUCAAAUUUGGUCGAGCUCAGGAAAACACUGUUACAUGCCCUCAUCAUCACAUGUAGAAGCAAUCUGUAUAUUUAAAAAAACUUGUGUUCUAUGCAUGUUAAGGAAAUUUGAAAUGGGUCAAAAUUGAUAUCUCCCUGGAAAGAAUCUUUUUUUUUUUUUUUAAUUAAUUAAAGUGUCCACCUGCACCUAGAACUCUCUUCAUUAUCCUGUUUAAAUUUGGUCAGAAAAUUAUUUUUCGCAGUGGAGUAUUCAAAUAAUAUGCGAGCUAUUGGUAAUUUCUUGGAUCUGAAUACAUGGUGGAAGCUCAAGUUACUCGGGUAUCAUCUUGGUGCUAGGACCAAAAUCGUUUUUCUCAGAAUCAGCAAGAAUUGUUGCACUCUGUGUUGGAGGUGCCAUGACCCCACAAGACUUCAAAGUUGAGCUUCACACUGCUGAUUUGAGUCUUGUUUCUCAGACCUAAUGUGAACCUCAGAAUCAGUAUUUGGUUACUCAUGGAUAGCAUUGGCUGUGAACAUAAUUGACUUUGGGUGAGACUUUUCUUCACACAAUUAGUUUUAAGCUCAUCAUAAAGAAAGUUCAAGCAGAUUAUAGAUUUUUCAUCAGUCACAUGUAUAAAAUAAAGAUUAAAUUAAACUGACCUUGUAGAUCCGUCACUGGGGUAAACUGAAUAGCAGGACAAUUUCUCAUCAAGAUCUUCAAAACAUUUCUUGAACAUUUUUUCUGGCUAGUUUUUAAACUCUGUUCACCAAAUAUUUGGGGAAGACAACUGUUGCUAAGUGGAUUAUGAAGUUCAAUUCAACAUAUGAGUGUACAUUCAACUUUCCUAAUUCUCUGACCGUCAGAGAGUCAGUUGCCAACUGGCCCGGAAAAAAAACUCACUGUAAAAGCUAAAGAUGAUGUGUGUGUCCUCCAUGGACGUAGACUGAUGACUGCAUUCCUGUGUGAAUUAUAAAGGGGCAAGUACACUGCAUCUUUCAUUUAGGCUUGAGUUUUAUAAGUAAUUUAGUAUGUGAAGGAUUCCUGUAAAUGAAGAGAGUGGACAACUAAACUUUAAAGUACUUUCAAACUGUUCUACUACUUGCCGAGUGUAAUUAAUUGUAUUUUAUGUUUGAGCGGCGGGCGGUGUGAUGGAAAAGGGGAAAGAAAAUGUUGCAGUCAUGACCUGAUUUUACUAAUACUAGUUAAAGCAAUAUUUUUAAUGGGGUACCUAAGUUAUGCUGUAUAUGUUCUUCAUUGUGCUUUGCUCUGCACACAAUAAAACAAUACAGAUCAAUAGUAAUAAUUAUAUGGUUUGUUAUCACUAAAUCCAUGAUAACAGUACACUUUUCAUGAAUUUAGUUGCAAGAUAUUGUAAUAACAUAAACGUUUACAAACUAAAAGUUCAUUUAAAUUGGAUAGAAUGUAUGUCUGUUAAUAAGCUUUACCAGUAAAUUGAUUUAUUUUUUAACUA